ACGAGAGAGUGACGCUGACUUGACGUCGCUCGACCGAAGUGAUCGGGACUGGGGGGAGAGUUUACCGCCGCGGGUGCAGCUUUGGUCCUGUCUGCUUUAAAACGGCGACUUUAACGAGAUAACGGAGAAGUUUUCGGUGGACUUUCUGAAUUUUAACGGCCGCGGAUUGGCUCGUUACUUUUCUAAUUCCGAGGGGCGGUCCGCAGCGUUUGUUGCCCCGCGGCUGGCGGCUAGCAUCGGUUACCGCUGCUAAACAUGGUGGCCUGGUGGUAGGGGAGCGGAGACGAGCUCCGUCUGGGGAAAUCAGAGGAAUUUUAAAUCCGCCUGGACCGUAUGUGUUGACAAACACCACCGUUUCGAAGAUCUUUCCGCCUUUGGGUCGGUUUUAUUAGCAGGUUUGCGGACUUGGGAGUGAAACCGCCAGUCUGCUCACUUAAAAACCGAGGGGAGAACCAGCACCAGCAGCAGUGUUCUGUGAACCGUGGACAAUUGUGGGUUACUUCAAAAGUUGUCACCAGGCCGCUUCAAAGUUUCCAUUACGAUCUUAAAAAGUUAGAAAUCAUGCUGGAAAACACGCCACAUAACAUCCAGGAUCAGUUUUUACCGCUGUUGUGUUUACACUGCGGAUGCUGAGAUGAAUUGGUGCACAAGUGCAGCCUGUUGGAGCUACUUCAUCCACUGAAACACUUAUUUUAACAGCCCCCACUUUGAGGUUAGCUCUUUUUUUAUUUUCAUUAUUAAUCUGUGGAUUAUUAUGGAUUAUUACCAUGGCCUAAUCCAAGGCGCACCGGGCCGGGUGUUUUGGGAGUAAAUGCGGAUUUUUGAGGAUGGUGAUGACAGAGAAAAGCGAUGGUUUGUUUCGUUGUGAUUCUGCGUAGAGAGGAGUACAUUUCAUGGAGACUCGCCUGACAUGCCAAGGAAGGAGUUGCCAUUACCUGAAGGUUGGGAGGAAGCCAGAGACUUUGAUGGCAAAGUUUACUACAUCGAUCACAUCAACCAGUGCACGAGCUGGAUCGACCCCCGUGACAGGCAGACCAAACCUCUGACUUUUGCCGACUGUAUUGGUGAUGAGCUGCCGGUUGGCUGGGAGGAGGCGUACGACCCCGUUGUCGGAGCAUACUAUGUCGACCACAAUACCAAGCGCACCCAGCUGGAGGACCCGCGGGCCCAGUGGCAGCGCGAGCAGGAGGCCAUGCUGCGGGACUACCUAUCGGUGGCCCGCGACGCGCUCAGCGCCCAGAAGGAGAUCUACCAGGUGAAGGAGCAGCGGCUGCGGCUGGCGCAGCAGGAGUACCAGCAGCUCAACGACGUCUGGAGGGACAAGUCCACGUCUCAGACUAGCUUGAAUUCCAGGUCGUCCUCUUCCAGCAAAUACGACCCAGAUAUCCUCAAAGCUGAGAUCUCCACAGCCAAAAGUCGGGUGAACAAGCUGAAGAGGGACCUGGCCUGUAUGAAGCAGGAGCUGCAGUACAAAGAACAAGGCUUUGAAACCCUCAAAGAGAUCGACCAGAAGGUUUCUAACAGCCCGUACGGCUACAAGCUGCAGGAGGCGCAGGCCAUCCUUAACGAGGUCCGCUCCAUCCGGGACGCCAUCAGCUCCGGGGAGAAGGAGAAGCAGGAGCUCAUGCAGAAACUGGCGGUGCUGAAGGAUGGAUUUCAGUUGGAUUCGGGCUCCCAGCAGGACCUGUGGAGCAGCAGUCCGUCGCUUGCUAACUCAGAGACGUCCAUCCCUCGACUCUACUCUGAUGCCGGCUCUCAGACCGACUUCCCUGCCGAGUUUAUGACGAGCACCAACAAACUGGCAGAGAAGGUCCGUCUGAGCCUGAAGUAUGAGGAAGCGAAGAGAAGGAUCGCCACCAUCGAGGUGCAGAUCGCCAAACUGGACAGCGAGGCAUGGCCGGGGCUGCUGGACCCGGAGCGAGACCGCCUCAUCCUCAUCAACGAGAAGGAGGAGCUGCUGAAGGAGCUGCAGUACGUCAGACCCCGCCGGUGCCUGGAGCCCAACGACGCCGAGAAGCUGGAGACUGAGAAGAAACGACUGGAGAAAGACCUGCAGGCCGCCAGAGACAACCAGAGCAAGGCUCUGACCGAGAGGCUGCGACUUCACUGCAAGAGGAACCAGCUGGUGAGAGAGCUGGAAGAGAUGGUCCGGCUGGCGACGUCACUGCACAUGCAGCUCAAGAGCCUGUCAGCCAGCACCCUCUCCUGUUCGUCGGGCAGCAGUCGAGGCUCUCUGACGUCCAGCCGCGGCUCGUUGGCCACCACCUCCAGCCUGGGCUCCACCUCCUCCCUCAGCUUUACCGACAUCUACCUGGAGCAGCCCGAGCUGGCCGACCCGGACCUCCGGAGCAAACUGGACAACUACCUGCAGGAGGGUCCGGGAGUUUUCCGCCCCUUCAACUCCAUCACCACCAUCCAUGAACACGAAGUGGUGACGGGCUGCGGGGGAAAGAACGCUGGAAAGCCCGAGGGCAAGGCGGGAGGCACGGGUGGGGAUGCGGGGGGGUCUGGAGCUGGCGUCAGGGGGGAAACGGGGUCCUCCAGGAUCCAGAACCUCAGACUGUCAGAGACUCCUCGUUCUAUGAGCUCUUUAUCUCCGCGGUCGUCUCUUUCCUCACUGUCUCCGCCCUGCUCGCCGCUGGUCACAGACGCCAGCUUCCUGUCGAGUGAGACGUUCGCGGGCCAGACGGGACCCGGCGGGCUGGGCCUGGACCUGGAGCUCCACAGCAGGCUGGUUGAACUGGAGCUGGAAUCUACAGGGCAACAAGGGGGGCAAGGUGGGCUAGAGGAGAAGCAGAACCACAACAACACGUUGGGCGAGGAGGGUAAAGACUCGGCUUCCCAGCUGCAAGGGGCAGGGUCAAAGAAGAUGGGUGUGACCUCAGCGGUGUCCGAUGAGUCGGUGGCUGGCGACAGUGGCGUGUAUGAACCAUCAGAGCGCAAACCGGGCCUCCCCCCAGAACUUGUCCUGGGCUCCUACGAGGACAAGCUGGCAUCAGGCUGCUCUCAGGUGCAGCUCAGCUUCCGCUAUGAGUGCAGAGACCAGCGCUUCACCGUCUACAUCAUGCAGCUGUCCAAUGUCAGCGUCCUCUGUCUGGCGGCUGACCAGAAAAUGUACGUGCGUGUGGUGGUGUUACCGUGCGUUCAGGCGACCCGCUGCCUUUUCCGAACACGUGGCUCGCUGCCUCAGGAUGUUGUGGAGAUUAACGAAGUGUUCGGCAUGCAGAUAUCCCAGAAUGCACUGCGGCAGAAAACGCUCAGGGUCGACGUCUGCAGCACCAGCAAGUCGGGUCACGAAGAGUGUCUGGCGGGGGCACAGAUCAGCCUGGCUGACGUCAGCUGUCCAGAGGACAGAAGCGGCAAGUGGUACAACCUGCUGAGCCGAGUCUACAUGCCCGAGAUCAGCAACAAGGACAAAGAGAGCAGAGCGCCGGGCAUUGCUGACGAGACUCACAGCAGCAACCGAGUCGGAGCUCCUGAGGAAGAUGAGUGGCACGGCGAGCCUCUGGAGGUGGACGUGUUUGAAGAUGAAGGAGGAAACGGCGUGGAGGGGGUGGGCCCUCAGGAGGAAGAGGAGGAGUUUUAUUCUGAGAGCAGCCAAUGGGAUGCUGAGGAAGAAGAGGAGGAGAAGAAGGUGGUCAAAGCUCCUCUGACAGCAGCACCCAUUACUGAGAAGGUCAACAAGGAGACCAGCAUGGACGGCAUGUUGCCGUCCCAACACUGCUCUGUGGUUCGCCCCAAGGAGCGGCGCCCAGACGUCCACCAGCAGGCCCCCUUCAUGAGGGGCAACACCAUCAUCCGCUCCAAGACCUUCUCCCCUGGACCUCAAAGCCAGUACAUCUGCAGGAUUAACCGCAGCGACAGCGACAGCUCCACGCUCUCCAAGAAGUCUCCGUUUGUCAGGAACGCCUCUGAGAGACGGAGCAUGCGCAUGAAGAAGCCCCCUGUGCAGGUCAAAGGCCUGGACGGUCUGCUUCGCACCUCCCUGGACCUGGAGUUGGACCUGCAGGUGUCUCGAACGCGGCAGGCCCGGCUGGUGCAGGAGCUUCAGGUUCUGCGUGAGCUGAAGUUGCAGCUGGAGACGGCGAGGCAGCAAGGUCAGAGAGAGCUGCCCACCUGGGUCCAAGAGGACGAACACUUCCGGCUCCUCCUUAAGCAGGCCGAGAAACAGACUCGGGAAGAGCAGCUGCAGGAGAAGCGGGUGGAGAAGAUGAUGAGGGCCGCAGCCAAGGACGUCCACAAGAUCCGUGGCCAGAGCCGGAAAGAGGUCCCCGAGGUCCAGACCUUCAGAGAGAAAAUGGCGUUCUUCACUCGAGCGAAGACCUGCAUCCCCAACCUGCCAGCUGACGACGUGUAGAGCAUUUCAAAGUAUUUUCCCUCCCGAGUCGCAGUCUGCUGCUCGCACACGAAGCGAACGCUCGGCAGUGUCAUGAAGAAUCAGAAAACAAAAGUUUUCACAGAGCUCAGCGUUUCUAAUGUGGAUAGUUUGUAAAUUAGAGAUAGCGCCGCUAAAGAUCUCGUAUUAUUUCAUUCUGCUGUUUUGUUUCUGUUACUAACCGGCUGUUUAUAAGCGCUUAGCUGUUUCAGAUCAUUCCAGCAAAAUACACACAGGCACACAACUAAAACCGCACAAAUAUGUACAUUAAUAGCACAAAAUAAAUAAAAAAUGGUACUGAAGUAAAAAUCUAAGCCAACGGUGAAAUGAAAUAAAUAUCUAAACCUUAAAGAUGUAUAACAUUUGACUUCUUAGAGCAUUUUUGAAAAUUUUAUAUUCACAUACAAGCACACAGUAAAACACUUUGUUUCAUGGAUGUAAAUAAUACGAAUGUAAAACUUUGUGUUUAACAAUCUGUAGAAGAGUUAUAAUCCUUUAGAUUUGUAGUCUUUUAAAAAAGAAAAUACUACAAAUCCCAGAGCAUUUCAGGAUGAAAUAUCCAGCCAGAGUUAGAACUCUACUUUGAGCUGAAACUGUAGAUUCUUUGUUCAAUUUUAUGUUUAACCUGGUUCUGGUUAACUUAACAGAAAAACAGCCAUCAUCUAAUCUGUACUGAUUCUGAAUAAAUAAAAAAACGUGGCAUCUUCCUCUUUUUAUUUUUACAGAUCUUGUGGGAAAUGUUUCAGGAAACUUUUGUAUUUUUGCACAGAGGAAAUCUAAUUAUUGUAUCGAUUUCUGUGGACGCUGUGUAGAAAAAUUUGCAGUUCCCAUCUCUGGCCACAGGUGUCGCCAUAACACAGACUGAAAUCUAAAGGAUUAUAACUCAUGUUAUCUCUUACCUGCACAAAACACUACACAUCUCAGAGAGGAAUACUUGAGUCUGUCUUUGCUUUUACAAACGUUAGAAAGACCAGCUCAUCAUUAAUCGAACCUUAAACGUCCACAUUAUUGUCUCUUACUAGUUCUAAACACCUUAAUAAAAUGUGUAGAAACGACACUAACCCCACUAACACUCAGGUAGCUGAUCGGAUAGUCUGCACUUUAAGAAACUUGAGGAAAAAGUUUAAAAAAAAAAAAUAAAAUAAAAUAAAAACUUGAUGUGGGUUUUUGGGAAGAAAGAAAAUCCAGAAACCUUUGCCUCACCCUGGAAUGAUUGUUGAAGAACACAGUGAUUGUUUAAGUGAAGAUCAAGUGUAUUUUUCAUGACUGUGAACUUAUUACUGAUUGUAAGACUGGAAGUGACUUUAAGAAAGAAGACCUGUCAGCCAAUAGAAAGACAAAAGUCCAGUGCUUCUGUGAUUGGCUGGUUCCUGUCCUGAUCAUGAACAUUCAAUCAGUUUCCGACUUCCUUACUGAAUACUUCAGAAGCAUAUCAGGGUCUUCUAACUGGACAUCAGCGCGUGCACCAGCAUGACCGAACAUAUCACCGUUUAUUUCCCGUCUUUUACACUAACUAUUGUUGCACCUCUCUAAGGGUCUUUCAGCUCACUUGUUUUGGUUUUACAGCCCAUGAUGUUACUGUUUUUGUUUCCUUUAUCCAUUAACACGAUCAGCCUACGAACAUUUAGCUGCUAUAGUGCUACAGAUUUCCCUCAGAAGAUGGUCUAGACCCAAAACAGAGCAAAACAAGAGUUAAAAUUCAUCUGUAUGUGGAAAUAAACUAUUUGUCUAAUCUGCUGCUUCUGCUGCCCCCUAUUGGCAACUCCCACUCACCCACGUUGAAAAAAAAACAGGACCAAAUUUUUUAAUCUGACUGAGUUCUGGAUGGAAAUUAGACCUUUAAAGCUACAGAUAAUUGUGGUUUUGGUGUUGGAGUCUCUUCAUGGAAACCCAGGAAGGUGUUGUAGGUAUCAUGAUGUAAGAGGUUGUUAUGGGACUGUAAGGUGAGGCGAAGGUGUGCUUUGAAUUAAACAAACUGAUAGAUCCAGUUUUCGUUGACGGCUGAGGAUCAGUAACAGGGGUUUGCCAUUGAACAUGUGCCACUUUGAAUUCUUCCAGUCAGUCAGUGAGUUUCUUGACCUGCAGCAACAUUUUAGAUGCAUGUGUUGACGAAACGUUUGAGUACAACCGUUUUGUUUUCUUUGUCUGGGCAGAUAUACCUUUUUUCUUUAGUUAAUGGUAGCCACGGUCAGUAUGCAUGACAGGAAAAUCUGUAACAACACUGCAAUGAGUUUCCAUGCCUGAGUUUGAUUUGAGUUUAAAAGAUGCAACUCGGAAAAGUGAAUGGAAAUUUUAAAAAAAGAAAAAAUCUACUGUUAAAAACUUUUACACCUUAGGGUGGAUGCAAACACUUCUGUGAAUCACAUUAAAGUUUAAAACGAUGGGACUCGCCAGAUGUUUGUAGACUGAGCGGAUAAACCCUACUUGUCUCCCAGAUAUGAGAUAAUAUCCCAGAUUUUCCAAGAGAUUAAAAUAAUUCCUGUUUUCCUUCCUUGGAUGUCCACCACAGUUGUUUUUUUUUUUUUUCCUCUUUUAGGUUCGUUUCGGUUAGAUCAACUAUUUAUUUUACUGAAUUACAGCGUAGCUUGUACUGUCCCUUUCUGGUGACAAUAUGCAGCAACAUUUCUGAGUUUACCUCUCACCAAAAAUGUAAAAUCUUUUUCUAUUUUAUAUCUAAUAAAACUUUGGAUCAGAUAGUUUUUUGCCUUUGAAACCUACAAACAUGAAGGAUGUUUUUUCCCACUUUAUUCCACAAACUCACACUGAUGUUCAUACAUCACCUUCUUUCUUUUUUUGCUCCGUUUUCACAGCAUCAAGACAACAUCUGAAUUGUGACAGGUUGAUAUCGAUCAGGUUAAUGAUGAUGAAAACUGCCGGUUAGACGAUCCAUUUUGGAUUUAGAUAGCAGUGUAUGCCUUUGGAGAGCAACAUGUAAACAGUCGUUGUCCCUUUUGUUUUUGUUUUUUCUUAAACGUCCACCUUCGUCUGAUGUGAGAGAAGAUUUAGAGAAACAUUUGUUUUGGUAAACACGAUCAGUUUGUAGAGCAGAUAGAUGAAAGAAUAGAACUCAGCUGAUUAACCUCUAAAUCCAAAAGUCUUGUUUAAAACCAGAUCUGGAUGAAGGAAUGUAGGUUUUUGCUACUACAAAUCAUUCAGAGAAAAAAAAUGUCUUAGUCCCAAAUGAUUGUCCAUCAUGUAGGUUGUGUUUGUUUUUUGUUUUGUUUUUUUUCCUCCUUUAAUAUUAUUUUUUUCUAAUGAAUCUUUGUAUUACGACUGCUGAUGAACCUGGUGGUGUGUUUGCAGGAGGUUAUGAGAAACGUACAGCAUGUAUUUAUUGCACUUUUGUGAUUUGGGUGUGCUUUUAUGUUUUUGUUUUUUUUUUUUUUCUUCCAGUUUUUCUUUUUAUCAAAAGUCCCUAAAAGCUGUGAAUUUUAUUCUCGGACACUGUACUGUCAACAAGAGUUGUAAAUAUUUCACCAGCACAAAAAAGCAAAACAAAAACAAACAGUAUGUUUUGUAGUUUCACAAGAAAUAAAAAGUUUUUCUCUUUUA